CAUUCACUCACUUUGGCUGUUACGAAAAUUGGUGACUAUUUCGUCAAUCAUCAUUGGAUGGAUAGUCUUCAGGUCUGGCCAGGCCGGCAAUAGAGGUGCUGAUUGUAACGGCCUGAUGAAGCCUAACGACUGAGUCAAGAUUGUUGGGAAGAUGAUAUCUCAGUCGUCCAGCAAUAGCCCCUAUCGUUUACUUUGCCUUUCUCUAUUAUUCAUUUACACUCACCCGCUGCUUCCUCUCUCAGGGUACGGACUAAACUACUCAAUUCCUUCUCCCGCGGUGCACAUGCGCCGGACUGAAAAGCCCAUGCCCGAACAUCCCUUUCCUCAUCAUUUAGACACUCCACCACACUACGGAAGCAUAGGAGAAUGUCAAACUACAGGGGAUCACAGCGAAAGAUGUUCUAUGUGA